AGGAAAAGUAAAAAAAUAGAUGAUUGGUUGAAAUACUCCAUAAAAAUAAACGCAGCUGUACUGAAUAUUGUAUCCAGCCAAGUGUCAAUUCAGGAGGAUCAAGCGUCUAGCAAGAGUAGCCAACCCUACUCUGGAAACAUUCCACUCCAGGUUCUCAUUACCCAGUUAUCAGAAUUUUCAUCAAAUAGAGAUACUGAGAAGCAUCCAUGCCUUUGGCUUGAGAAUGAGAUCGUGAAGUCCCGCAUCAAUGACAUAAAUGUCCGGUGUCGACAACGCCAAACGAAUGAGAUGCGCUCGGAAAAGGAUGAACAAAUGGUUGUGCAAUGGUUGGAUUCAUUUUCUUCUCUCAACAAAUCGGCAAACGUGAGCCACCGCCCCUCAUCUGUCAGUACUCAAACAGACGAGAUUUCUGCAAUGAACCAGCUUCCUCAAUCUACUCCAAAUAAGAUUAAUUUCCCUCCAAUACGGAAACUUGUUCCAAGGGACAAUGCGGAUUUCUUGAAAGACGUUUCAACUCCACCGGAUACGCCCACGAGUAUGCAUUUAUUUGUAAUCUGCUUUCUUCACAUGUCGAAAAUAGGCUCUUCAAAUACUCCCCCAUCUUCCCAAUCCCUUUCAGAAACCCUUUGCCACCAACCCUUGAACCAAAUGCCAAACGAAACUCAGGAUCUGAGUCUCACACUUACCAGUUUUGCUGACAUUGGUGCCACCUCGAGAGCUUGUAGUAAUGCAUCUCGACGCCGGUUGCCUUGGACUCUUUCUGAAACACUCGCGUUAUGGCAUGAGAUACAGAUCGCCUUGCCAGGACCGCCAUCCUGGGCCAAAAUUCGCGAUAAGGUCUUUUCCACUUCUCGGCGUACCAAUGUUGACCUCAAGGACCGUUGGAGAGUUAUUCUUCGCAAUCCUGCCCUACAAGCACAGAUCCGACAGUAUUAUGGCAAGUGGCUGGCAAGUAAAAAUGCUGUUCGAACUGACAUGCCUUGA